CAAGCGUUUAUUGCGGGCGUAUUAUGUGCUGACAGUGUGCCCGACGCUGGGGAUGCAAAGCUCCAGCGGAGCCAUGUCAGAGCGGGAAGAGCGGCGGUUUGUGGAGAUCCCUCGGGAGUCGGUCCGGCUCAUGGCAGAGAGCACGGGCCUGGAGCUGAGCGACGAGGUGGCGGCCCUGCUCGCAGAGGACGUGUGCUACCGGCUCAGAGAGGCCACGCAGAAUAGCUCGCAGUUCAUGAAACACACCAAACGGCGGAAGCUGACCGUCGAGGAUUUCAACAGGGCUCUCCGAUGGAGCAGCGUGGAGGCCGUGUGUGGUUAUGGAUCCCAGGAGGCGCUGCCCCUGCGCCCUGCCAGAGAGGGUGAGCUGUACUUCCCUGAGGACCGAGAGGUGAACCUGGUAGAGCUGGCCUUGGCCACCAACAUCCCUAAAGGCUGUGCCGAGACAGCUGUGAGAGUUCAUGUCUCCUACCUAGACGGCAAAGGGAACCUGGCCCCGCAAGGAUCAGUGCCCAGCGCGGUGUCUUCGCUGACUGAUGACCUUCUCAAGUACUACCAACAAGUGACCCGGGCUGUGCUGGGGGACGAUCCACAGCUGAUGAAGAUUGCUCUCCAGGACCUGCAGACUAACUCCAAGAUAGCGGCCCUCCUGCCUUACUUUGUCUAUGUGGUCAGUGGGGUGAAAUCUGUCAGCCACGACCUGGAGCAGCUGCACCGGCUCCUGCAAGUGGCCCGGAGCCUGGUUCGGAACCCACACUUGUGCUUGGGGCCAUACGUUCGCUCCCUGGUGGGCAGCGUCCUCUACUGCGUCCUAGAGCCGCUGGCUGCCUCCAUCAACCCUCUGAAUGACCACUGGACUCUUCGGGAUGGCGCCGCCCUCCUGCUCAGCCACAUCUUCUGGACCCACGGGGACCUGGUGAGCGGCCUUUAUCAGCAGAUCCUGCUCUCCCUGCAGAAGGUCUUGGCAGACCCGGUGCGGCCUCUCUGCUCUCAUUACGGGGCUGUGGUGGGGCUGCAUGCCCUUGGCUGGAAGGCGGUGGAACGAGUCCUGUACCCACACCUGUCCACUUACUGGACAAAUCUGCAGGCUGUGCUAGAUGAUUAUUCCGUCUCUAACGCCCAGGUUAAAGCAGAUGGGCACAAGGUUUAUGGAGCCAUUCUGGUGGCUGUGGAGCGACUGCUGAAGAUGAAGGCCCAGGCAGCAGAGCCCAACAAGAGCGGCCCAAGCGGCAGGGGGUGCCGGGGCUCCGAUGAUCUCCCCUGGGACAGCCUCCUUCUGCAGGAGUCUCCCUCCGGGGGCAGCGCGGAGCCAGGCUUUGGGUCUGUCCUCCCGCUGCCGCCAGGAGGCGCGGGGCCGGAGGACCCUUCCCCAUCGGUGACCCUGGCGGACAUCUACCGGGAGCUGUACGCCUUCUUCGGGGACAGCUUGGCCACCCGCUUUGGCACCGGUCAGCCCGCACCCAGCACUCCGCGGCCGCCCGGGGACAAGAAGGAGCCGGCGGCCGCUCCGGACUCGGUGCGCAAGAUGCCGCAGUUGACGGCCAACGCCAUGGUCAGCCCGCAGGGCGACGAGAGCCCCCGCGGCGGCGGCCCCGCGGCAGCCUCUGCGCCCGCCGCCUCCGAGAGCCGGCCGCUGCCGCGCAUGCACCGGGCGCGGGGGGCGCCCCGGCAGCAGGGGCCCGGCGCCGGCACCCGCGACGUCUUCCAGAAGAGCCGCUUCGCCCCGCGCGGCGCCCCCCACUUUCGCUUCAUCAUUGCCGGGCGGCAGGCCGGGAGGCGGUGCCGCGGGCGCCUCUUCCAGACGGCCUUCCCCGCGCCAUACGGGCCCAGCCCGGCCUCGCGCUAUGUGCAGAAGCUGCCCAUGAUCGGCCGCACAGGCCGCCCGGCCCGCCGCUGGGCGCUCUCAGACUACUCGCUGUACCUUCCGCUGUGAAGCGGCGCGUUCCCACCCCCUCCUCUGUAAAU